AUGUCCUUCGAAGGUCUGCAGGAGCGCCUCACGGCCCUGCAAGAGACCACGACCCAGCUCAAGGAGCUCAUCGACCGGCUCCAGAACCUCAAAUUCCAGCCGGGAUCGGUCCCACUCGGCGGCACGGAUGAAGAGAACAGCGUCAGCGCGGAGUUGAGCUCGGAAAUCAGCCAGAUCCUCCGGGAAGAGGAGGACGAGCUGGAGCUUCUCGGGGAGGAGGUUGAGGAUCUCAGGGACGGCAGGCCGGGGAGCGAGGUGGAGCACACAAAACUUCGUCUCAAGGAUGGCGUGGAGAGGUUGAAGCAGGAGAUCAAGAGUUCACGAAUCACCUUCCGCAAGGCGCAAAUCACAGCUCGGCGCAACCUGUCCCAGGCCCAGCGCCUGGAGCGCGAACUCCUCAUCCAAUCCUACUCGCAGCCCGUCUCCGAAGCGUCCUCCCCGUCCCUCAGCGCGCAACAGAAGUCCGACACCGUCCACCACCGACAGGUCCGCCAACCAAACAACACGAGCUCCCUGACAGAAGAGGACAGGCAAACGGUCGGCGCCAGCGGCAACGUCACCAGCGCGCUGCGGCGCACGCACGACCUCAUCGCGGCGGAGCUGGCCCGCAGCGAGUUUGCGCACCAGACGCUGACCGAGUCCUCGGCGGCCUUGGCGCAGCUCGACGACUCGUACGGUUCGCUCGACACGAUGCUGGCGAGUUCCAAGGACCUGCUGGGCACACUGCUCCGCUCGAACAAGAGCGACACGUGGUACCUUCAGACAGCGCUCUACAUGCUCAUGGCGACGGGUGCGUGGCUGCUGUUCCGGAGGUUGCUGUACGGACCGAUGUGGUGGCUGGUUUGGCUGCCAUUGCGUCUGGUAUAUAACCUCACCGUUGGCGGCGGCGGAGCGGUGGUCAAGUACGCCGGAUCCGGAAGCCCGUCAGAGGCCGUCGUGGUCAACGAGGGCAGAAUUGACGUCGAGGGUUUGCCGGACGAGUCGUUGCCUACCAUUGAAGUCGGACGUGAGCCGCAACGAUCGGCGGUCGGUGGAGAUCCCGAAUCACUGGUUGAGAAGGUGGGUAAGAUUGUGGAGGAGAUGCCGGCAGAGAUCGGCGAGGAGACGAUGAUAGACGAACGCGAGCCGCUAGAGGGUGAGGCUAUCGUUGACCAGGUGCCUGGCGACGAGCUGAAGCAAGGGGCGCAAGAAGAGAUUAUGCAGCGAGACGAGCUCUGA